UGACUUUUUGAAGUUCUGGUUUAUCAGGCUCAAAGAAAGUUAACGAAAGCAGAACGAGCUUUAGCUAAAGUAGAGGAAUUCUUAAAGCCAGUAGAACGGCCUGGAGAUCCAGAAAGCAUCUCUGAUGAGGAGAGGUUCAUGUUUCGUAAACUUGGACUCAGAAUGAAAGCUUUCUUACUCCUUGGAAGGCGUGGAGUCUUUGAUGGUACAGUAGAGAACAUGCACCUGCACUGGAAGUACAGGGAGCUAGUUAAGAUCAUUGUAAAGGCUAAAACUUUUGAUCAGGUCAGAAAUGUUGCCUUGUCUCUGGAGGCGGAGAGUGGUGGUGUAUUGGUUUCUGUGGACAGAGUUUCCAAAGGGUUUGCCAUAAUUGUAUAUCGCGGGAAGGACUAUCAGAGACCAGCAACGUUAAGGCCGAAGAAUCUUUUGACAAAGAGGAAGGCUUUGGCUCGCUCAAUUGAGCUUCAGAGGCGUGAGGCACUCUACAACCAUGUUUCAGCUCUGCACAGAAGCGUGGAAAAACUAAGAUCUGAGCUUGAUCAAAUGGAAAUCAUUAAGGGUAAAGGAGAUGUGGAGUUAUAUGCCAAAUUGGAUUCUGCAUAUUCUACUGAAGAUGAAGAUACUGAGGAUGAAGGUGAGGAAGCUUGUCUCGAGACCUAUGAAAGUGAUAAUGAUGGCGGUGAUAAUUAUAAUGCAACCUGCAAUUCCCAGACAGAAACAAACUUUCCUUAUGAUGAACAUAAUGUUGAUGGCGAUAGCAAUGAUGCAAUCCAGAACCUGAAUGUGGAAACAAACUUCACUCGUGAUGAACAAAAUGGUGAUGGCAGUGCUGAUACUGUACACCACAAACCCUAUGCAGAAAAAAGCGUUGAACCUCAAUUUGGAUGGGCUAGGGAUCUUAUUUGACGUAGUGGUGUUAGUGGACCAAAUUUAUGGAUCCUUCUUUUUAUGAUUGGAGGAUAAGGAACUUGUGCUUGAUUGUAAAUGUCUUGGAUUAUACGGUUGAUCUGUUGUGAAAAUCUUGUCUUUUUUUGUAUUUAGUUUCAGUUUCUUCAAUCGUUUUGAAGGAUUCUCUCGAAUUUAUGUACAGUGCAAUAGCUGAAUUGCUUCAUCCUGCUCCAUGUAUCUAUGCAUGUUAUAUUUUUUACAUUCAA